AUGCCUUUAUGUUGGGGUGAGGUUGGUGAAAGGAAAAUGUUGGGCCCUGAACUUGUUCAAGAGACUAAGGAUAAGGUGAGAUUGAUUAGAGAAAGACUUAAGGCAGCCUCUGAUAGACAGAAGUCCUAUGCAGACUUAAAGAGGCGAGAGAUCAAGUACCAAGUGGGAGAUAAGGUGUUUUUGAAAGUCUCUCCAUGGAAGAAAAUUGUAAGAUUUGGGCGCAAGGGCAAAUUGAGUCCCAGAUUCAUUGGACCUUAUGAGCUGAUUGAUAGGGUGGGACCAGUAGCAUAUAGACUAGCAUUAACUCUAGAGUUGGAGAAAAUCCAUAAUAUUUUUCAUGCCUACAUGUUGAGGAGGUACAGAUUGGAUCCCUCACACAUUUUACCAGUAGAAGAAAUUGAGAUGAACCCGGAUUUAACCUAUGAUGAAGAACCCAUGAGGAUUUUGGCCCAUGAAGUGAGAUAG